AUGGAUCAGGACAAUCACGAGCCCAACUUACAGCACCUCGUGCAGAUGGUGGCGCAGCUGGGGCUGAGGCACGAAGACCAACUACAGCUAGUACGACAGGACACGGGCUUUGUACUAUUCCUGCGAAUACAAACGCCAUUGAGCGUCCUCCCUCAGCUCCAUCAGGUGGGGCAAACCUGGGGGCAACAAAAGGACAAGGAUCCAUCAAGUCCUGGCUUGCCCUUGCGAGUGGUGCUGCUGGGAAGCUUCCUCACAGCGCUGAAGACCAGGGUGGAAAAAGUGAUGACAGAUCCACAGGCAGCAGGGGACAGCAAGAAUGCCCAGAUCCUGACAGACAAGGGACACUUCGCCUUCCUGGGCUACGACCGUGCAGGAAUGCCGAAUGUGGAGCCAACCCCUCCGCAGGACACCUGCAGGGCCAUCACCAAGCUGCAGGAGUUGAUUCUCAGGCCAAGACUGGAAGCCUACGAGAUCCUCAGCCAGAUGGUUCACAGCGCGGCAAUUCAUCUGGUGGGAGGGCACCUCCACUUCGAGCGCAUCCAACGUUCCCCUCUAGCUCAGGCACUGGACAAGGCCGUCCGCUGA